AUGAAGUUCACUCUCCUCACCCAGGCUGCUGUCGCCAUCACUGGAGUCAUUGCUUCUCCUACUCCUGAUGCAGCUCUUGAGAAGCGCAGAGAUUGUUCAUUGACCAUCAAGUAUGAAAAGGUCUUUGUUGAGGACGGUAUGGAUAGAUACCGCCAUUGGCUCAUCACCGAACCUCGCGAAGACCGCCAUCUUAAUUUUUGGUGCGAGGCAGUUCAUCAUGCUCAGUUCAUGUACAACCGACAGUGUUACUGGGGCAGUGAUGGAAAGUACUAUGUUGAUGUGAGCGUGGCUCGAGGCCCUGCUGGUCAUGAUUACCUUAUGAGCGCCUACAAUGGGGCGUCCAAUGAUUAUGAGAGACUCACAGACUGCAAGGCGAUUAGGAAGUUUUAG